ACUGAAAUCUCGUACUGCCAUAAUACAAGAUGGCGACUAUUAUUGUCACAGGGGUGAAAGGCAUGGGCUGUAUGCGGGCAGCUUCAACUGUUGUCCGUAGGCAAUCAAAAUUGCACAUAACAAGAUUAUCAAGAUGUUGCUCUACUGAGGAAACAGAAGAAUCAGAAGUUUUAGAACAAAUGAGAAGGAUGAGAACGACUGGUGUUCCAGAAUUCACACCAUUUGUUAUUAAAGGAAAAGAACCACGAACACUUGUGAAAUCUGCUAGAGCCUGGACAUUUUAUGAGCAGUUGAAACAUCAGGAUAGACAUAAGUCAAUGUCAACAGAACAGGACUGGACAAAAGUAUGGCCUACAGAAGGAGUAUUUAAAUGGUCAUCAGUACCUCUGUCUCUCCGUCAGGGUGCUAUUAGGAAUGAGUCAGAAAAUGAAGGCAUUAUACCUGGAAAGGAGGGAAAUACAGAAUUGCUUAAGAUCCCCAACUUCCUACAUCUGACACCACCUCAUGUGCUGAAGCACUGUCAAGCAUUGAAGAAAUUUUGUACUCCAUGGCCAGAAGGACUAGACAGUAAAGAAGACUGUCGACUUCAUUUCCCAGUUGAAAUGGUGACAAGUGACUACUGUUUUGCAGGACCAUCAAUCCGUGAUCCAAGGUCACGAGUUGUCACUGUUAAGGUGAAGUUAUCUGAUCUAGAACUUGACGAACAUGCACACCAGAAACUUUUGAAACUUGUAGGUGAACGGUACAACAAGGAAACUGAUAUGAUCACCUUCAAGACAGACAAGUGUCCAACCAAACAGCAAAAUAAAGAUUACGCUCUAUAUUUGUUGACUGCAGUCUAUCUUGAAGCCUGGAAUAAGAUGCCAUGGGAGGAUGAUUUAGAGGCAGACGACUUCAUCAAUUACAACUGGAAUAAGUCAAAGGCAAAGGAAAGGACUGUUAUCACCUUGAUGUCCAUAGCAGAGGGGAAUAAGAACUCGGUUUAUCAUAAUGAAGAGGAGGAUGGAAUUCUUGAAAAGGAAGAAGUAAAAAAUUAUGCAGAGGUAGUUUCAAAAAUUUACAACAAUGAAGAAAGUGUAGAAAAUCUAAAUGACUUAAAACAAUCAGUACUUAGUAUGUUAGAGAUGAAAACUUCCUGAUGCUUGGAGCUGAUAUGUAAGAAAGGAUUGUCUAGAAUAUGUGAUGUAUGCAAGAGGAAAUUAGAUAUAUAAUACCGGUACUUGAUGAAAUAAAAAAAAACUGCAGUGUU